CCUAAGCACCAAACCAAACACACAUUUAUCUAUCUAUCUCUGGUCUGAAAAUGAAGACAGCAAUAAUCCUUUUGGUUCUCUGCGCCAUUUCUUUCCUUCCACUGGCCAUCUCUGACUCUGGCCUUCCUCCACUCAUCCGCCUCCCCACAAAGCCCCACUUAACAGCUUUUCAUUCGCCUAUCUUAGACACGGCCGGCAACCCAGUGAUCGCCGGAGCCAAAUACUACGCCGUCCCAGCCCUCAUCGGCGUGGAAGGCGGCAUAAGCGUAGCUAACCUCAACACUACCGGAAACCCCUCCGCCUGCCCCACCGACGUCGUAAUAAACGAGACAUUAGCCGGCAACCAACCUCCCGCCGUGGGUCGUCCUUUAUCUUUCUACCCUCAAAAGCUCAAGGGCGAGGCCACCGACGACGACGUCGUCAUUUUAGCGCAGUUCCCACUGAACGUGGCCUUCGACUCGCCGGACCCAUCAGAUCCCUGCGCUAAGGAGAAUGUUUGGAAGCUUCAGGCGACAAUAGUGACCGGUGGCGUUAUAGGCAAUGAGGAUGAUAUUAGCAACUGGUUUAGGAUUCAGAAGAAUUUUAAUGGAAGAGGGUACAUUUUCAACUGGUGGCCAAUCCUUUGCCUUAACUGCAAGAUUGGUUACAGCGUAAUUGGCAGAGUCGGCGAUGGAUCUCAGCUGGGAAUCGACUCCAAUGCCGAAUCGCUAUAUGGUUUUGAAUUGGUAAAGGCUGACUGAUCAAAGCCUUACGUUGAACCAUCUAUCAAAAAUUUGCAUGCAAUAUGUAUGUGUCUGUAUUAAUAAUUUGCUUUUAAAUAAUGGCUUUGCUACCCCGUUAUGAAAAGCCAACGGCAGAUGUAUGAUGUAUCCCAUAAUUGCGUGCAAUAUUAAUAUAAAAUAAAUAAUGCUUCUUUUAUUUAGGAAA